AUGAAGACAAACAGGCAGACUUUGUCUCUUCUGUGUUUACUUCUUUCGAUGCUUCCUAUCAAUGACAUCUCCAGUUUGCAAAACAAGGAGCCCUUCCCACUGAACAUGUCUGAAGAUUCAGUUGAUGACAUGUACAGCACCUGCGAGGAGGAAAUGGAAAAAACAGUAAAAGAAACAUACUUUAAAAAGGAAAUGAGCAAUGGGCUGUUUAAACGUGCGUGGAAUAGUGCAACAAAAUGUACAAAAAGGAACCUACAAUCAAAAGACAAAGAAGAUGAGGCAUUAACUGAGAACCACCUGAGAGCAAUUUGUAUUUACACUGAUGGUGCUACUGGUUUAUAUGUAAAAUUUAACAAAGCGGUCAGAACUGGAAGAAAAGACUACGGAUCCUCCUUUCAGUUCCACUUCUUACAUUUCUGGCUGACCAGGGCUGUGCAAAUCCUCAGUGGUAAUGAAAACUGUCACAAAACCUACCGGAGAACCAAAUCUACGUUUUCUGGCGAGGUCAACAAAGAGGUUCGAUUUGGAACUUUUACCUCCACUUCAAAAUUAACAAAUCUGACACAUUUUGGUGAGAAAACAUGCUUUAAAAUAACGACCUGUUCGGGGGCUUUUUUUAAAAAAUAUCCAGUGCUUCAAGACAAGGAGCAAGAGGUGCUCAUACCUCCAUAUGAGAAGUUCAAUAUAACUAAGAAAUGUCAAGAUAAAGAUUGUAAACAGUUAGAAAAUCUCCCUGACUGUGAGACUGUCUAUGUUCUGGAGAGCACAGGAGUGCAAAGCAAUCUUGACUGCCAAAUUGCAAAACAUAUAAUCAUUUAA